AUGGUGGACCUGUUCCUAAACCGUGUUCUGGUGGAAAACAACUGGGACCAGGACGAACUCAACACAGAGCGCGAAAUCGUCGGGAUCCUUGAAAACCGCAUCGUGCUGCUUUUCUUUGCGUCUACGGAGUGUGAAAAGUGUCAGGACUUUGUGCCUGUUCUGAAUCAGUUUUUUAAGAGACUGAAAGAUCCGGCGUACAUUGAAUACCCCAAACUGCUCGCGCUCAUCUACAUCAGCUUGGACCAAUCAGAGGAGCAGCAGGAAAGAUUCCUCAAAGAGCUGCACAAAAAGGUUCUGUUUUUGGCCUUUGAAGACCCAUACAGGAAGGAACUGCAGGCCAUGUUUAAGGUGAAGGACGUUCCAACAGUGGUGGUCCUUCGUCCCGACUGCUCUAUCCUCUCUCCAAAUGCUGUGCAGGACAUCUGUCGCUUUGGUUCUGACUGUUUCCGUAACUGGCAGGAAUCAGCAGCACUUGUUGAGAGGAGCUUCAUGCUCAAUGAGGAGUUUGACGACCUAAAUUUGCGCACUGCCACUGACCCUGUUAGGAGACUCAAGUACAAGACAGAGGACGACAAGAGGAAAAAGAGAUGGUGGAAGUUAUGGGGAAAGGGCAAAAAUGGAAAUGAAGAGGAGGAGAAAGAUGGAGCAUGGGAUACAAAGAGAAAGGAGGGAGAUAAAGGAACAUGGAGGAAAAGAUGA